GUUGCAAUUCUUCUUUUAAUUAUUUAUUUACAUACAUAUAUAAGAAACAAUGGCGACAACUUGGUCAGUCGACAAAGAAUUGUGCUUCAAACAGGAGUUUACUGUGUUUACUUUAUAGUUGUUAUCAGGUACUUCCAAAAAUGUUGAAACUACGAGGAAUACUGAUAAUAUCUUCUUUAUGUUUUUUACUGGCCAACGGUAUAACCAGAAGUGACACCUACAUUCAAAAUUCUGGUAUUGAAGAUCUUGAAACAUCUGCAUCAGGCUAUUCCUACCAGGCAAGGUCUGGCACCCCUUUCAAUUACAAAUCCUUUUCAAGCGAGUCUGAUGGCAUCCCUUAUGAAUUCGAUCAGCCCUCAGAUUCAAUAGGAAGAUACUCCAAUCAACCCAUACCUCUUAAUCUGCUUCCGUUAUCGCCGAAUUUUGUGCCGAAUUAUGAUUCAAAAUCUGUUGAUUCCUACGGAGAGAUGCUGGCUCCCUACGCGAAGGGAUACGAGCACUUUGUCGAUGAGAAUUUCGCAAAACCGAACCAUCACGAGCGACAAUCAACAAACUUCAUCAAAGGCGGCGGAUCAAAUUACGAAGACGGCGUAAGCGCAAGCAGCGGCGAAAAAGGCACAAAAGGAUAUUCGAAUCGAGACGAAUUUGCGAAGGGCCUGAAGGGCCGACACCAGAACGACCAAAGAAAAGGUUUUUAUGACGUCCUCGGCGGAGAUAAACGCGGCCACCAAGAACAGGAAGGGCACUACUCCACUAAGCAUCACUCAGCUAAGGGUAAUAAGGGAGGAUCCUUUUCCGAAGAGAGCAGUCACGAUAAAGGGUCGAAAACAACUGGAUAUCAUAAAGUUUACCAUAAGGAUGAAUACAAAAAGGAUAAGAGUUUCUAUGAUAAGCAGGAUAAAAAGGGACACUUCAACAGAUACGGAAACUUCAACGCCAAAGCAGGAUCCGACGCCGGAAUUGUCAUCAACGGUAAAUCCGUGGAUGCUGGAUUUAGACAAGGAGAGUUCGGCGCGAAGGGGCUCAGCGAAAAGGGCCGCUUCCUCGACGAAGCUAGUGGUUAUAGAGGUGCUAACGGUGAUGCUAGCCAUUACAGAAAUGACGCUGCAUAUGCCAACAAAGCCGGAAAGUCACGUGGGAGCGAAGGAGGUUACAGCGAGACUAAAGGGGAUUAUGCAGAAGAUAAAUGAUGUUGACUUAAUGUGUAGUAUUUAUUGUUUAAUGUUUAUUUUAUUUAUUUAUUUAUGUCAUUUCUAUUUGUUGUU